AUGAUUUCUCUUUUCCUUACUACUGCAUCCUCAGCGCCAGAGACAUGUCUUACUAUAGAAUCGAAUGAAAGGCAUUAUUUGAACCCAGUCAGUGGUUCAGUAUUCAUUAGAAACGGUAAUUUUCAAAAAUUAACAUCAGAUAUCGGAGGAGCUUUAAAUAUAGUAGGAAACGUACAAAUCAUUAUCGAAAAUAGUCGUUAUUCCUCAUGCCGUGCAGACUCAAAUUCGAAUGGCCAAGCCGGAGCAAUUUAUAUUAACACAAGGAAAUUCGCAGUACUACGAGAAGUCUGUUGUUUGAACUGUACCGCUCGAAGUAGCUGCAAUUGCUUAUAUUUAUCAACAAAUGUUAACGAAAAAAAGGUUCAUUUUACAAUCUUAAUAACUUUUUCGGAACAUAUUAUCCAACACCAGAUGUAUCGUAUGUAG